AAUCAAGAACAGAAUGGCCAUUUUCUAGCAAGGGAUCCUGCAUGACGUAUGACUGUUUUCUGGCUGAAGUCGUGGAGGACCAGUAGAGAGAGCAGAAUUGGAGCUGACAACUCUACAUCUUGGAGGAGGCUGUGAUCUAGUGUAGUGCAGAACAGAAGCACUCAAUCACUGCAGCUGUAAAGAGGCAGGGAAACAAAUCCACUGCACAGGAAGACACAAGAAAGUGUUUGUUGGUGGGGGAAUUAAAAGGCAUUUUUGGUGUAUGGGAUGAAGCCAGCCAUGGAAACUGCAGCAGAGGAAACAACAGAACAAAGCCAAGAGAGAAAAGUGAACAGCAGCAGACAAGAAAUGGAAAUUGGCAGGUACCACUGGAUGUACGGGAGUUCAAGGCCACAGCAAGUGCCAACAAUGAGCGGCAGUAUGAGUCCCUUGGGUACUGGAGGUUGCUUUGAAUGCUGCAUUAAGUGCUUGGGAGGAGUUCCAUAUGCUUCAUUGGUGGCAACCAUUCUGUGCUUUUCUGGAGUGGCCCUCUUCUGCGGUUGUGGUCAUGUGGCCCUCACUGGCACCGUAUCCAUCCUUGAACAACACUUCUCCUCAAAUGCCAGUGACCAUGCUCUUCUUACUGAAGUAAUCCAGUUAAUGCAGUAUGUGAUCUACGGAAUUGCUUCCUUCUUUUUCCUGUAUGGAAUCAUUCUGCUGGCAGAGGGUUUCUACACUACCAGUGCAGUGAAGGAAAUGCACAGUGAAUUUAAAACCACAGCCUGUGGGCGAUGCAUUAGUGGAAUGUUUGUGUUUCUCACAUACAUCUUGGGGGUGGCCUGGCUUGGAGUGUUCGGCUUUUCUGCUGUUCCUGUCUUCAUGUUUUACAACAUCUGGUCAUCUUGUGAAGUUCUCAAAGGACUGCCUGUAAACUAUACUACUACCGCGGAACAGAUAUGUGUGGACAUCCGGCAGUAUGGUAUUAUUCCAUGGAAUGCCUUGCCUGGAAAAGCUUGUGGCACAGCACUGGGAAACAUCUGCAGUACCAAUGAGUUUUACAUGUCCUACCACCUUUUUAUUGUGGCCUGUGCAGGGGCAGGUGCUACUGUUAUUGCACUGAUCCACUUCCUCAUGAUUCUGGCUUCUAAUUGGGCCUACUUAAAGGAUGCGAGCAAAAUGCAGGCCUACCAAGACAUUAAAGCUAAAGAAGAACAAGAACUUCAAGACAUCCAGUCACGGUCAAAAGAACAACUCAAUUCUUACACAUAAAACCUAAACCGUGAAUGGAAUGAAAAGUAGCCCUUAUGAUUAAUCGAUUAAUGCAGAUGUGUACCAGUAAAAAACCUGAAUGAACCACCGGGCGCUAUUUUAUACGGUUUUAAAACUGCAGCAAGUUAAAUAUUUUCUAUCCCCCUCCAUACUUUUGAUCUCAGGCUUUUUAAAAUGAAGCACUUUAUAAGGUAUCAGUGUUUUCUCUCCCAGUGGAAUACUCAUUUCCUUAAUGGAGGGAGCAGGUGUAGCGAGGCAGCGGGUUCAUACAUCAAGUACUUGCAUCUAUCAUGUUAUUUCCAUUAUCUUCAGGUUCAUGUUAGAUUUCUAUAAAGUGUUGCCAUUUUGAAAUGAAUUGAUGGCCCAAAAACAUUUCUACAUAGAAUACUGAUCCAUUCAGAACUGCUCAAGAAAGGAGUGGAAGUGUAGUAAACUUCUACUGAGCAUCAGGGACACCCAUGUAUGUUCGGUUCAGUUAUUUCCCCCAUCCUUUUCCAUCUUAAAAAUAUCCACAAACUAUAGACACAGGCAAUUUGUGCAUAUUACUUUAGUAAACCCACACAUAUUUGUUUAGUUUACAAAAUGGCUAAGACCUCAUUCACGCAACCAGAUUGUAGGUCCUAUGUUUCUGCCAAAAGAGCACACAGAGGCCUCAAGGCUAGUCAUGUAUACAAGGCCCAACACCUUUAAAAAGGAGGACUACAUUCAUGGUGAAUGGGGAAGGGAUACCUGUACAGCUAAUAAAAUAGCUGCCUGCAUUUUGUAUUUAGAUGAUGGGUCCAAGUGAACACAUCUCAAUUAAUAGUGUUAGUCUUAGGUAAUUAUGAUCAACAAAAUGACAGUGGUGCGUUGACUAUAUAGUAUUACAUUGUUGCUGUAGGUCAUUCCUAUUUCUGUAGUUGAUCGUGAUUUUUUGUUUUUGUUUUGACAGUUGCACUUCCAAAAUACUUAAAAAAAAAUUUAAAAAAAUUAAAAGAAACAAAAAAAUCCAUACAAAUGUGAACUGUAGGCGGUACAUAUAUAGAUAAUAAUGUCCAGUCUACUUGACCUAAAGAUAUUAAUUGUUGCAAUGUUAACAGACAGUGUUCAGGUAUUUUGUUUGGUUCCAAUCCUGAAAGGAUUUUUUUUUUAACUUCAUAAUUGAGCCGUAUAUUGUACUUAGAAAAAUGUUACCAUAAUAGCCUAGCUUUUUGUUGAAGCCAAUGCAUGGAAAACUCGUAAUUCUUUCUACUGCAAUGCAGGUGAUUGUGCUAGCCCAGUGUCCUAAUGGAUAACGAAGGCAAUGUCUUAAUAUUUUUUUUCUAUUCUGUGUAGUUGACUAAAGUUUCCUUUUUGAGAUCCUGUUUAGUGUAAUUAUUUUUAUGUAAAAAAAAGCAUUUACCUUUUGCUAUGUAUAAAUUUUUGUAACCUAACAGUGAAUCAAUAUUUUCUAUCAGUGCCAAGGGCUUCCUGUAGUUAUAUCCAAGUGUUAUAAUAAAUAUUUGUAGAUAAAACGCC